UGCAUUAACAAUUGCCAAAUUAACCGUUGAUCAAAUUAACUAUGUAAUAUCUCAAAUUCCCCAACAGAAUCAAUCGUAUAAGUCACGUGGACGUGACCUCGAAGGUCACAAUCACAUGAUUACUGCGUCAUAA